AUGUCACGCUUCCCUCUUCUCCGUCUUCCUACUCUUCCUCUUUUGAAUUGUAUUCAAUAUCUGAAAGUAUUCGAGAUAAUCGAUUUCUCUCUUCUCUCGAAACGAACAAAGGCCCUCGUCUCACUUGUCAACUGGAAUCAUCCAGAUAUUCAUGCGAAUUUCUAUGAAAACUCGAAACUUUGUCUGAAAUUUCCAAACGAUCCAGCUCUCCACGGUCUGAAAGUAUUUCAUUAUCUGACAUUUCCAAAUGAUGAGCACUUUGAAACAAUGCGAAAAAUGGCGGAACAUGUUUCAAUGAUAUUCAGAACACCGAUCACGAGUCUUUCAACUAACCGACUAAAUGAUCAGUUGACAAUGUCAAUUGUGAAAUGGUUGAGUACAUUACAACCAUCAGUUGUAGAUCUUGAUGUUACAAUAGAUGAUAUAACUGCUCCCACUUUGUUGUGUAUUCUAGAUAAUAUCAAAGUGACUGAUCACUUUGAUUUGGAUUUGAAAAUGAGUACCCCUGGUUUCGAAUAUAACAAAGCAAUCGACAUUCCCUCAGUAAUAUUUUGUCAUACUCAUUUGAUAACACUGAAAUCUAUACUGAAUUCAAGCAGUCGAGUGAUCGUUUUAUGUGAAUCCAAUUUGACUUUUUGGGAUAUCAAUAGCUUCUUAAAACACUGGCUGAACGGAUCCAAUCCAAAACUUGAGUAUAUUUCUAUUCGACGAUCAAUGAAAGGGAAUGCAAUCGAAGAAGAUAUUAAAGAAGCCUUCCAGAUAAUAACAAAGGAUCUCGAGGUCAGGGAGCAUGAAGAAAACGAAAAGAGACCGAUGCGAAUAGCAAUAUCGCUCCAUCGACCAUCAUCAUACUCACCUCCGAACGACUGGUGUUAUGAUAUAAAAAAAUAUCAAGGAAGAAAGAAGAAAAUGAGAAAGAGUGAUCCAAAGAAGCUUUUUGGCGAUAAGGAGCCAGGGAAAAAAGUCAUAUUAGUGGGUGGAGAAAUGAAGAGUGAGGAAGAAGAGAGAAAGGAUACGAAGAAGAAAGCGGGGAGAGAGACCAGACGAAAUCGAACGGUGGAGAAGAAGCCGGCCUUGGCGGCGGGAGUGGUCGCAGUUGAUACGGGAAUGUCCGUCGCAAUGGGACUGGCUCGUGUUAAGACGACAGGACCAGAGCCUCAAACGGUGCAGAUGAAGGAGGUGGUCGGGAGAGCGACAAAAGCGGGGGAGGAGGCGCGUGUUCAGCAACAGCUCACGGAGGGCGGUGAUCCGGGCUCUGCUCCAGGCCCUUCCACCAGCCACACCGGAUCACCGGCCUCCGGACAGCCCUCCUCCUCCGCCACUCCUCGCCGAUCUCGCCGCCCCUAA